UUUUAAAGUAAAUAUUGGACAUUCUAAUUGUAAAAUGGAGCCUACUCUAGAAGAAAGAAUCCCUUUUAACUUAUCCAGCAUUAUCUCUUCAAAACCAGCGUUAAUGUUUACGAACUCAUCAUCAGAGAUUAUUGAUAUGGAUAUUUCUAGGUGUGGUUACUACCUCAUCGCUGUUAAUGAAAAAGACCAGCUUCUGUACUUCAACCUUAACGAAGGAAGCUAUAUUGAUACUUAUGAUCAAAGGUUAGAGUACGGAUGCUCAAAGGCGAAAUUUACUGAGGAGCCUACGAAAGUGGUCUGAGCUAGUAAUCGCAAUAGCAAGCUACUAAAAUGUGUUUAUAUAUUUGACUUGAGUGAAAACUACAUUCCUGUAAAAUUUGAUUGACAUCUUGGCUCUAUAAAAUCACUGACGGCAAGCUCAUCAUACCCAAUUUUCACUAGCUGAGACUCUCGAAGAAGAUGAAUCCUUGCUGACUACAAAUAAGGAGGUAAUAAUCGAAGAGCGGAAAGAAGUUCUAACCUCAACAUUUAAUAACAAAGGGAGCCACCUCGUGAUUGUUCAAAAAUAAUGAAAAAGCUGACUGUCAGGAAAUAUUUUCUAUUGAAAUCGGUACAGCAAACUCAUCAGCAAAGAUUAUUAACAGAAUGUACAGAGAUACAUACCCGGAUGACUUCUGUUAUGCCCAGAUCUCACGAAAUGGUAAACUCCUGGUGCUAGGCACCAAGAGGAAUUAUUUCUUGAUAAUGUGAAUUAAAACUAAAAGAAACAUGGAGAUCUUCCCUGAGAAGCCUUUAAAGAGAAGAGAAGAAUUAAAAUAAUGAGAUAGGCCUUAAAGACCGUAAGAUCAAGAAGAAAAUCUUCAGACCUCUUAGCAUCAGCCCAUGUAGCAAGUAUCUCCUGGUGCCAGAUACAAGUGACCAAAAUUUCUUUGUGAUAAAGAUAAGGCUAAAGUGCCAACAAAUAAAGAGUAAACACAAAGAUAAGAUAUUGUUUAAAAAAUGGAAUUCCAAAAGAGUAUCCAGAGUAAUGUUUUCUCACGAACACCUGAUGUUCAUAACUGCUUGCAAUAAUAUCAUCCUGUGGGUACCGGAUUUCGAGCACAUAGUACAUGAUAUGAAAAAGGAGCCUGAUAUAUAUGACUAAGCCUCAACUACUAAAUGGCUAACU